UUUCUGUUUCUAACUUGCUAUCAGGAAGCUAAGAAUGUGAGAGGUAUUCUCUUAGAUAUGUCUGAAAUAACGGAGAGUAUUGCCUUGGAACGUGUGACCUUCUCUGAUAUGGGCAAUCUUCAAUACCUGAAGAUAUACAAUUCUUGUUGUCGUCGGCACUGCAGAGCUGACUGCAACUUAUACUUCCCUGAUGGACUUGACUUCCCCUUGGAAGAGGUCCGAUAUCUCCAUUGGGUGAAAUUUCCUUUGCAUGAACUUCCACAAAACUUCAGACCUGAGAGUCUUGUAGACCUGAGCCUUCCUUACAGCAAGAUUGAACGUGUUUGGGAAGGUGUUAAGGAUACACCACGGUUGAAGUGGGUAGAUCUACGCCACUUGCUCGACUUGUCAGCAUUGUCAAGAGCUGAAAAUCUUGAAAGAUUAAAUCUGGAAGGCUGCACGAGUUUGGAUGAGUUGCCAGUGGAGAUCCAGAAUAUGAAGUCUCUUGUUUACCCGAACAUGAAAGGAUGCACACGUCUUUGGUAUCUUCCGAAAAUGAAUUUAGUCUCUCUGAAAACUCUCAUCCUCAGUGACUGCCUAAACCUAAAAGAAUUUCAGGCCAUCUCCGAAAGUGUAGAAUAUCUACAUUUAGAUGGCACAUCAAUGGAAGGACUUCCUCCGGCUAUACAGAACAUCCAGAGACUUGUUGUAUUAAAUUUGAAAAACGGCAAAAUGUGUCGGGUCCCUCUUAGAUGGAGAGAACCAAGUGGGCAUGAGACAUAA